AUGGCUACCCCCAGUGUCCUUACCUUUGAUACUAAGGGUCGUGCUGUUGACUUUGAGGUCUGGGUCGAUGACCUCCAGCUGUUCCUACAGAGCGAUAGGGCAGACGGACUCUCCCUGUUCGAUCUCACCUGUGGUGCCUCUCCUGCCCUGCCUGCUACUGCUUACAGCAGUGUUCGCUCACAGUGGGCCACGCGCGAUGCUGCUGCCCGUCUUGCUAGGGAUGUUCCCCCUCCCCCCUCUUGCCCUCUGUUGCUUCUGGUGCUGCGGCCGACGUCGUUGGCUUCGAGUCGGUCGGCGAUGCGUCUGCCCCUAGCGAAAGACGCCGCACAGGCAAGGGCAAGGGGGGCAAGGGCAUUGGAGGGGCUGGCGGGAGUGGAGGGGGUGGGGGUGGUGGUGGGAGUGGUGGCGGGGGUGGAGGUGUCGGUGGCAGCAGUGGAGGCAGAGGAGUCGGCGGCGGUGGCGGAGGGAGCGGAGGCGGCGGAGGCGGCGGAGGUGGCGGAGGCAGCGGUGGAGCUGGUCGCGGCUUUGCGCAGAGAAGUGGCCGGUGGUGGUCCGCGCCAGCAGCAGCAGCGCAGUCGUACUGGUGAGACUGCUGCUCUAGGUGCUAGUGCGUCUGCUGCCCCAGGUGCUGGUGAGUCUACUCUCUCUGGUACCACGUCCGCUGAGGCCUUACACACCUUCACCCUUGACUCGGGUGCUUCCCGCUCCUUCUUUCGAGACCGCACCACGCUUACGCCGCUUAGUCGGCCGGUUGCGGUCUCCCUAGCGGACCCCUCUGGGGGUCCUGUCCUUGCUAUCUUCUCCACAGUCUUACCGUGCCCAGCAGCCCCCUCUGGCACCCUGUCUGGUCUCUACCUCCCCUCGUUCUCUACAAACUUGGUGAGUGGAGCUGAUCUACAGGAUAGGGGGGUUGACCAGUUCACUCCUGCGAGUCAGCGGGUGACCCACUGCACGUGUGCUCAGACGGGCCGACACUUGGCCACGUUUACCCGUCGGCCGGGGUCGAGCCUGUACACACUGACUACUGAGUCUCCUCCGGUUGAUGAGUCUGGUCAGGUAGCUGCGUCGAGUCAGGUGUUUGCUGCAGCGUCCAGGUCUGGUCAAGAGUCUGCUUCCUGCUCGUGUCGUCUCCUAUCCCACCAGACUCUCCUCUGGCACCACCGCCUUGGUCACCCCUCCCUGCCUCGUCUCCGAGGCAUAGCCUCCCGUGUCCUUGUCUGUGGUCUCCCCCGGUCCCUCCCUCCCCUACCUCCGUGUGAAAAUUAG